CCGGCCAGCUGCGCCAAGAAGCUGAAACCGGAGGGACAUGACUCGAAGGCCUCGCCCCGCUCCCCUCCGCUGAGCCCCGAGCAGUUGGAGCGGAUCCGCAGGAACAAGGAGGCGGCUUUGCAGAGACUCGCUUCGCGGAGUGUCCCCGCGGGCUUUGGAGAGGGCUGGAGCCGGCAGCUGGCGGGGGAGUUCACCAAGCCCUACUUCUCCCAGCUAAUGGCAUUUGUUGGCGACGAGCGAAAACGGCACACCAUCUACCCACCCCCGCAGCAAGUUUUCACCUGGACGCAGAUGUGCGACAUCCGAGAUGUAAAGGUUGUCAUCUUGGGACAAGAUCCUUAUCAUGGACCCAGUCAAGCUCAUGGACUCUGUUUCAGCGUCCAGAGACCUGUUCCACCUCCACCUAGUUUGGAAAAUAUUUACAAAGAGCUAUCUACGGACAUAGAAGAUUUCACCCAUCCCGGUCAUGGAGAUCUAACUGGGUGGGCCAAGCAAGGAGUGCUUUUGCUCAAUGCUGUCCUCACAGUUCGCGCACACCAGCCUAAUUCUCACAAAGAAAAAGGCUGGGAACAAUUCACUGAUGCAGUGGUCUCCUGGCUAAACGAUAAUUUGGAUGGACUUGUCUUCAUGUUGUGGGGAGCUUAUGCACAGAAGAAAGGCAGCUCUAUUGACAGGAAACGUCACCAUGUUCUACAGACUGUCCAUCCCUCACCUCUCUCUGUGCACAGAGGGUUCUUUGGUUGUCAGCAUUUCUCUAAAACCAACGAAUUUCUGAAGAAAUGUGGCAAAAAGCCCAUUGACUGGAAAGCACUCUGAGCUAUAAACAUUAACUUGGGAGUAUGAUUUGAAGCAACCUCUAUCAAGGAUCAUCCAAUUCCUGAAAAAUUGAGCGGGCAUAUAUAGACUUGAUCUAUCUGAAAAACAAAAUAUCCUACUUUGUCAAAGUGAUACCUUUUAAAUGUCUGGUUUUUUUACAUACUGUAUAUGUUUAACGGAAAAACUACAGUUUGAUACAAAGAAUAAUGUAACUUCUAGGUUGUCAAAUUUUGUAAAGCUAAAAUCUGUGCUUAGUCUCAUCAAAAACCGUGUCUGUCUUUGCUCUAAUGGGAAUAUAUGGAGAAUUGUCGUAUGGAGCUAAGCUCAUAGAAAAUCAGUUCUAAGCACCUUUUUAUGGUUAGUGAAACACAUCUUAUUUGCUGUUUUUUUUCCCCCCCUUGUACUUCUCAGGUGUAAAUCUAGUUUUUCCGUUUUGGAAAAACGGAAGCACCUUUAUACUCCUACAGCAAAAAAGCUAGUUAUUGUUUGUUCUGUUAAAAAUCUGUUUAACCCAGUUUAAUUUUCCAGAUGUCGAUGUGUUUCUGCUUUAAAGUUAGUUGUAUCUGUUUUGGGAUAUUACUGAACCUGCCUUUAAACUCUCUGAGGAUUUCAGCGCUAGUAUCCCAGACAGUUGGGGGAAGUUGUGACCUAUAUUAGUGAUGUUUGUGUCUUACAUUCAGAGUACUUUAUUAUGAGUUUAAUACUAUGAGUUCCAUUGGGCAUAACUCCUUCUAACUACGACAACAGCUUGACUUUCAGAAGAAUUCUCUCGCUAUUUAGUAUGUGACUUAUGUACCUGCUGAUGACAGCUGAACUUUGAGAUGUUCCUUCAGGAUAGUAUUAGGACUUUUCUUGUCAGUCAGCAUGUUUGAGUGUACAACAAAAUCAGGACAUCUUGACUACAGAAUUGGUUCUAUGCAUUUAAUAGUAUAAAUUAACAUAAUUGUCUUCAUUUUACUAUUUUGAACCUCCUCCCCUCCAAUGUGUAUUUUUCUGCCACCAGUUAUUGCAGUUUUACUUUGAUUCAGAGUGGUUUGAAGUUGGAAUACUAGCACCUCUAAAAUUAUAGCCUCUGAAGAGUUCCUUCUUUAGCAUGUUGCAAAGGGGAACAAUCUUGUUUAUAGUCACCAUUUAUGUGGUUACAUUGUGCAUACCUAUAUUUCAUGCCAUAUUGAUCCAGCAAUAUUUGAUCAAAUAAAACUCCCAUUGAAAACUACAGUUUUGCCUGAGUAAGAUCUACAGGGGUUGGAUCAACUACUUCAAAUAAAAAGGAAUGGCAAUAAUCUACUCUAUUUUUUUUUAAACAAUUUUCAGUAUGUUGCAAAGUACAUUAUGGAAGUGAUAGUGAACCAAAUGUUAAUGGAGAAAAGGAUCUGUUUGCCACUGAUGUCUGGCUCCAAUACAAAUAGAGAAAAGUUGGUGUCCAAAACUCUCCCUGUUGUCAAUAGGGAGCAAGGUGGAGUUUGAAAAAUCUAGAAUUUCAAAUCUAGCUCUGAAUUGAUACUUUUCUGUCAACUUUCAUUGAUUAGAGGAAAAAUGUAGUUCAUCUCUUUUUGUGAAAUAGCAUCCUUAGUUUGUACUAUACUUGUACAUUUUACACUAGUACCUAUGUAAGGAGAAGCCAUUUUUGUGUUCCAGUGGGUAACACUAGUACAAAAGAAACAGUUAUAUUUGUUUUCUGUAUAUGUUGUUUUUAAAUAAAAAUUCUACUUUCUUUA